UGUGGUCCCGGGAGGCACGCGGGGCCUGGCUGCGGCUGCGGGUCUGCAGGGCGAGCCUCCCCGGAGCGGUAGGGUCCGUUCGGGUGUUGCACGCUCGAUUAGUCGUGUUAAUCAGGAGGAGUUGCGGGGUUCCUCGAAUCCCUUAAACUGCUUUUUUUCCCCUAUGAGACUUGGACACCCCCGAAGCCUGCCUUCUACGAAGUUUACCACCAGUUUCUUUCUCUGAUCUCGUGCAGGUUCCUAAAACCUCCUAAACUCUUGACACAUUCCUGCUCUCUGGUUCAGGGAAUCAAAGCCAGAGCCUUGGGCAUGCCAGGCACGAGUCCUCCUGCUGAGCGUCACCCCCAGCCCCUGUCGCAUUCUCAGGCUGAAGUUGGUUCUAAGUACUAACCUAUGGAAGAUGCAACCUUAAGCGAGAGGCCCUCUGCGCCCCUCAUGGAAUUUGUAGCCUCACAUUCAAUGCCAACUUUCUUCUGAGGGAGACUUGGGAGGGUUUGAGAACCCAGAGGAUUCUGCUGAAAAGACUAUCCCGUUCUGGCGUUCUGCCGCCAGGCGACGCUGCUCUGAAGAGCCAGGCAGCCACCUGCUGGAGCCCGACCUUCCACCAGGGGGCGGAGGUCUCGAGAGGCCCUCCGGGAUCCGCUGGCCUCCAAGCCAAGUCUCAAAAAGGUGCCUGGACUCAAGCUUCUCCUCAGUGACUGAUGAUGUCAAGCUAUACAUUUCUGUGAUUGGUUUAGCCGACACGAGAUGGACAGCUAUUGGUGAUGCUCUGUAGAAACGUGAUGGAUCUGGAAGAGCUGGGCACUGGGGUAGCUCCCAGUUACUGAGAGUGUUAAAGUAUGGAGCAUGAGCAGAAGUCAGGAGCAGGGCUGCUGAGGCUGCUACGGCUUCUGUGGCUGCUGCCCCACUCCUGGGCGGUGCUCGAAGCUUCCACCCCGGUGCUGUGGGACGGCCCACAGAACCACACAUUCCGGCACACUCUGUUCUGCCAGGAUGGGAUCCCCAACAUGGGGCUCUCUGAGACCUACGACGAGGACGAACUCUUCUCCUUCGACUUCUCCCAGAACACCAGAGUGCCCCGACUGCCUGACUUUGCCGAGUGGGCUCAGGAGCAGGGAGACGCCUCUGCCAUUGCAUUUGACAAAGGCUUUUGUGAGCUAUUGAUGCAGAAAGUGAGCCCGGCGCUCGAAGGUCAAAUCCCAGUGUCCAGAGGGUUGCCUGCGGCUGAGGUGUUCACGCUGAAGCCCCUGGAGUUUGGCAAGCCCAACACGCUGGUCUGUUUCAUCAGCAACCUCUUUCCACCAACCCUGACCGUGACCUGGCAGCUUCACUCCGUCCCUGUGGAGGGAGCCAGCCCCACGUCCAUCUCAGCCGUCGAUGGGCUCAGCUUCCAGGCUUUCUCGUAUUUAAACUUCACACCGGACCCCUUUGACCUUUACUCCUGCACCGUGACGCACGAGAUUGACCGCUACACGGCAAUUGCCUAUUGGGUACCCCAGAACGCCCUGCCUUCAGAUCUCCUAGAGAAUGUCCUGUGUGGUGUGGCCUUUGGCCUCGGUGUUCUGGGCAUCAUCAUGGGUAUUGUCUUCUUCAUCUGCUCCCAGAGACGUUGCUCAGAUGACUGAUUCUUCCCAAGGAGAGCUUGGAACAGCACGGGCCAGGCCAGCAGGGAUGGCCAAGCAUCCUGUGCUUACCCAAGGUCUCUCAUCAGAGCUGAAGUCCCAGGGAUCCUUUGGGGUGUGUGCCAGUGUGCAGGUGUCUCAGGAUUCUGCUGUCCCUUGACUUGCAUCCAGAAAAGCCCGCAUCAGGAGCCCUGGGCCCCACCAGACCACUACCUUGUGCCUUCCCUCUUCCAGGAAAUAAACUUUAUUUCUUAACACCUGUGUGACCUCUCCCUCCA